GUCAGAAUGUAUGUUACUAAACUUGGUUUACAUUUGAAUUGCUUUUUUCAAGGCUAAGCUAAAGUACUUUGACCUAACCAAACAAUCAAGGUGUUAUUAAGAUAGAAAAUGUUAUGUGAUACAUAUUAACUAGGAGGUUACCACAAGAAAGUGCUCAAACCGAGGUCGAAUAAAGUAUGUGUGAGAGUCGUCAACGACUGGAACUCCUUACCUGAUCCAGUGGUAACAACUAUAUCGACAUCACUAAACCGCACAACCAGAGCAGAAUGUAUUCACCUUGCGCAUUUCGAGUCAAACUAGCAAAGGUGUAUUCAUCCUGUCUUCGUUUCUCAUCAAUCAGAUAUUUGUCUUCACAUGUUAAAUCAGAGGUAAUCGAUAAUGAAGUACAAAUUUUAACAUUGAAUCAUCCUAAAAGCGCCAAUUCACUUUCAUUAACUCUAAUGAAAGAGUUUCUCUCUUUCUUGGAAUCAAUUAAAUCAUCUAAAAGUAUUCGAGCUUUAAUGAUUACUGGUGAGGGAAGAUUUUUUUCGGCUGGACAUAAUCUUCAUGAGAUUGUUCAAUUGCGGGAUGUUAAUCCUAAGGAAGUUUUUUCAAUGGCAGUAAAAAUAAUGAAAGAAUUAGCUGAAUUGCCUGUCCCAUCGAUAGCAGCUGUAAAUGGUCCAGCUGUUGCCGCCGGUUGUCAGUUAGUUGCUGCUUGCGAUUUAGCCAUUUCAGCUAAAUCGGCUAUAUUUGCAGCUAGUGGUAUUAAAUUGGGAUUAUUCUGCAAUACACCUGGCGUGCCGUUGGUUCGAGCGAUUGGUUUAAGAGCUGCUAAUGAAUUAUUAUUAACUGGUAAAAAUAUCAGUGCUGAUAGGGCCUAUGAAUUGGGUCUUGUUCAUCGUGUAGUUGACGACGAUAAAUUGUAUACAGCUGCUAUUGACUUUGCUAAAGAAAUUACACAGCAUAGUAAAGAUGCUAUGCGAUUAGGUCGUGAGACACUGCACAAACAAGCUUCGAUGCCAUUAAUGGAGGCGUACACGCUAGCUGCUGAAGCGAUGGUACAAAAUCUACAAUUCGAUGAUACAAAACAAGGCAUUCAAUCAUUUUUAAAUAGAAAAAAAUAAAAAAACUAGCGAAUUUUAUUCAUUGGAGUAUUAUUGACUUUUAGAGCAGAUUUUCUACUUAAUGAUGAUACAUCCUAUAGUUUCUUUUAUUUUUGUCGUUGUUGGCGUCUUUCUUUCUUUCUUUCCUAUGUGGAAUUUUAAACACUUCAGUUAUUAUAGAAGAUAUAUAUAUAUAUGUAGAAAUAUAAAGUAAUCCAGC